AUGAUGAUGUUUGUUCCCGCUGUGUUGGUGUCGCUAUUUGUGUACACAACUGCUGUAGAUCCGACCAUUUCGCCAAACGAACAAUUUCUUCUUGAACUACAAGUUGUUCACAGUAGCCAUACUUUCCAUCAUCUUCCCGCAACUGAACAGCUCAUACUUGUGGAAUUAGUAGCGGCGGCAAAGACAAACACUGUCACUCAUUAUGUUGAUAGGGUCGGCUUCGACAGAAUCCUGCAAUUCCUUGACCAUGUAAACCAAAUUAACCAGCAUGAGGCACAUCGACUGGAGAAAUAUCUUAUACAGGAGUUCGGAGAAGAAGAAACAUCAACUGCAGCAACGGUCCGUAGAGAUCUUCAGAGCGUGCUCGCUACCAUCAACAGUAACGACGCUUUCCAGCAUCUUUCCAGCUCCGAUCAAAACUUGAUGCUGGAUCUCGCAGCCGAGCAUGGAAACGUUACAGCCUUGAUCGACCAAGUCGGAUACUCAAAGGUUCUCGCUUUGGUGGAACAUAUCACGGCACCGGCUGAGACUCACACUUUCCUGCAGUAUCUAGCCUCACAUAUGGCCAAAGAGCUCGGACACCACCACCAUAAUGGUCCUAUUGCAGGGUAAUGUCAUGA